UGCGCGUCAGCUCGAGCUAGAAAAGGCGGCGGGGCCCGGCCCAGCGAGGUGACAGCCGCGCUCGGACACGGAGGCCGGCCCGACGCCGCCAUGAGCGCCGCGCUCUUCAGCCUGGACGGCCCGGCGCGCGGCGCGCCCUGGCCCGCGGAGCCCGCGCCCUUUUACGAGCCGGGCCGGGCGGGCAAGCCAGGCCGCGGGAGCGAGCCGGGGAGCCUGGGCGAGCCGGGCGCCGUAGCCCCCGCCAUGUACGACGACGAGAGCGCCAUCGACUUCAGCGCCUACAUCGACUCCAUGGCCGCCGUGCCCACCCUAGAGCUGUGCCACGACGAGCUCUUCGCCGACCUCUUCAACAGCAACCACAAGGCGGGCGCGGCGGGUGCCGCCGCGGGAGCCCUGGAGCUGCUGCCCGGCGGCCUCGCGCGCCCCCACGGCCCGGGCACCGCCGCCCCGCGUCCGCUCAAGCGCGAGCCCGACUGGGGCGACGGCGACGCGCCCGGCUCGCUGCUGCCGGCGCAGGUGGCCGCGUGCGCGCAGACGGUGGUGAGCCUGGCGGCCGCGGCGCAGCCCACGCCGCCCACGUCGCCCGAGCCGCCGCGCGGCAGCCCCGGACCGAGCCCCGCCCCGGGCCCGGCGCGGGAGAAGAGCGCGGGCAAGAGGGGUCCGGACCGCGGCAGCCCGGAGUACCGGCAGCGGCGCGAGCGCAACAACAUCGCCGUGCGCAAGAGCCGCGACAAGGCCAAGCGGCGCAACCAGGAGAUGCAGCAGAAGCUGGUGGAGCUGUCGGCCGAAAACGAGAAACUGCACCAGCGCGUGGAGCAGCUCACGCGGGACCUGGCCGGCCUCCGGCAGUUCUUCAAGCAGCUGCCCAGCCCGCCCUUCCUGCCGGCCGCCGGGGCCGCCGACUGCCGGUAACGCGCGGCCCGGGGUGGGGGGGGCGGGAGAGACUCACCAACGACCGAUACCUCAGACCCGACGGGCCCGGGAGCGGAGCGCGCCCCGCCCGGACGCCGCGAGAGCCGCUGGGCGCCGGCCGCAGUGUCUUUGGGA